CCGAAGCUGUAAUUUCGACACCACCUUACCCACCACUUGUCCAUCAACAUUCCAAUAUUCGACCGUAGAGCUAUCGCAGCAUGGCCCAAGUGCGCAAGUACGCCGCUCUGCCCGACUUGGACGAAUCGCCAGACACAUACGAGACACCAGAUCUGACAGACGACGCAUCCACACUACCGACAUCAACGGCAUGGUCAGAAACCUCGGAUACGGAAGCAAACCCCAGCAUCAGCCGAAGUAAAUUACACCCAAACGAAGCACGAUCACAAUUCCAAUCAUCGCGGGUCGAUGCGAGGGAAACCGACUUCUCAGACCGUGUGAGCAGUAAGAGAAGGGCAUAUGUUGUCAGCAACAGGGAGCAAGAUGAUGGCGAGGACUACGACAGCGAGGACGAGAAUGAGAGUCUGCAAAGAAAGCUGGCGAGGCUAAACAGGGAGGUGCAGGAGGUUCAGAAUGAAUUGGACAAGAGGAAAAGCGAGGCAAAUGGCACAGAGGCACACACCGAGGAUGAAGACGUGGCCGCACAACUGGCUCAAUUGAGCACGGCACUGGAUGGUAUGCGCCAAUCGCAAUCAGCACAGUCGCGUCUGAGCAGACAACUGGCAUCAACAACACCCUCAAAAGCAGAUGCCGUCGCGGUACCAGAAUCGACACGUAUCGAGGAAGCGAUAAGCCAGACAGCCGAUACACAAGCCCUAAACAAGGUGGCCGAUUUCGACGCUCGUCUCGCAAUCCUCGAACGACAACUCGGCAUCACAUCUCUCGACGCACCUGAAGCCUCCACCGCCACCUCUUUUUCUCCCAUCAUCCCCACUCUUUCGCUACUAGACCGCCAACUAGCCCUCCUCACCUCUUCAACCUCACAAACUCACAUCGACACCUUGGCCCAAAAACUCCAACAACAACAAACGCCAAAACCCUCCGGCACCACCGAUGGCCUACACGAACUACACACUCCCGAAGACAUGGCAAAAUUGCGCGCUCUCUACGCUCUAUUGCCUACUUUGACAUCACUCAGCCCGACUGUACCACCACUACUCACCCGUCUUCGAUCUUUACGCACGUUACACGCCAAUGCCGUAACAGCGAGUCAAACACUAGACGAAGUAGAGCGAAAACAAGACGAAGCAGACAAGGAAAUCCGCGAAUGGCGGGACGGUCUCAAGAAAGUGGAAGAAGCAGUCGCGAAAGCGGAAAGCGGUAUGCUCGAAAACAGUGCUGCCGUAGAGACCUGGGUCAAAGAGUUGGAAGAGAGGGUCAAGAAGCUUGCUUGAAUUGGACGUCCUUUAAUACCCAUACAUUCGGAAUUU